CACGUGACCUCAGCACUCGUGACGAUGGGGUCAUCCAAGAUGGCGGACGGUUGUGAUGUGGCCCCGCUGAUACACCACACAAACGGCAAGCCGUGCGCCCUCGGUGUUAGAAGAAGAAACUUCAGCCUGUCUGUGAUCUGUGGCGUACUGUUGCUGUCGGCUGCCGUGUACUUUGUAGCGCAGGUCGUGUUUCCCUACGCCAUCAUUCGGUCCGAACAAGGGGAGCACCACGACUAUGUAAACCCGCUGUUAAAGUUACCGAACUGGCUCGACAACGUUAACGACAAGAAUGGCACGAAGAACAAGCCAACGCCGACAAACGUUUCCUUACAGGCGGCACAGGCGACACAGGCAGUAAAAAUGACACAGGGAGGUGGAAUAGUGGUGGAGAAUAAGUUACAGAUAGACAGCAGCGACAAGAACAACAACCCGGAAGUAAAAAUGGACACUCCUGCACACCUUUACGUGUUGUCGAAAGAGGAGGCCGAUAAAACCGGAGCCUAUUGUCUGGACGGUUCUCCACCGGCGUACUACUUCAGAAAAGGCAGUGGUACUGGGCAGAAAUCGUGGAUUGUUUGGUUGGAGGGAGGCGGCGCAUGCGUCAAUCUCACCAGCUGCUACCAGCGAAGUUUUACCAACCUUGGCUCCAGUAAGGGCCUGAACCAUCAGAAAACUCUUCAUGGCAUGUCGUCAGCAUCGAAAGACGUGAAUCCGGAUUUUUAUACCUGGAACGUCGCUUUGUUGGUCUACUGCGAUGGGUUUUUCUACGCAGGAAACAGGGAAGAUCCAGUGAAGCACAGCGGCAAGUCCCUGUACUUCAGGGGCCGCCGGAACCUUAACGCACUGAUUGACCGUCUGUUACAAACUGGACUGGGAGAAGCAGAACGAAUGAUCCUGGGCGGAGGAUCGGCGGGAGCAAUAGGGACGUACGCGGGUGCAGAUGACGUCAUAGCUCGCCUGCCCAGCUCGAUUGACGUGAAGAUCGUCCCGGACUCCGGCAUGUUCAUGGACCUCCCGGAUAGGGACGGGGUGUACUCGUUCAACGACUCCUACACGUCGGUCACGGAACUGCACAACGCGUCAGCGUCUGCGAACAAAGCAUGUCGGGAAGCUCAUCCCCAGGAUGAACAAUGGAAGUGCGGCUUCCCGGAAAACCUCGUUCCCUACGAGCCGGCCCCUGUCUUCAUGCUGAACUACCUGUACGACAAGGUGGCGCUGAAGGACGUCGUCAGAACCACCUGCCGUCCUGAUCAGUGUACGGGGAAAGACAUGGCCGCUGUGCAGAACUACCGAACGACUCUGUUACAGGUCGCCCAGUCGGAGCUUACCGAAAAAGAUGGCGCCUUCCUCAUCACGUGUUUCGCCCAUGGCUUUGGCAAUGACCACGCCUGGACAGAGUUCACGGUCAACAACAAGACGGUCCGGCAGGCUGUGGGUGACUGGUACUUCGGUAGGAGUAAAGACAACGUCAAUGUCGAUACGGGGCCAGACCUGAACCCUACAUGCAGGAAUUACUUGAGCAAGGACACAGAGAUUCAGAGCCUGUGGGACUAGAAUGUCAAGGCUUGUUGUUUGAUUUUUCGUCUGAAAUGACUACACUUUUAGCUAUGCAAAUACUAAGCAAUAACGCUACUUUAAAGAUAUGUCAUUUUCUUCGAUUUCAGCCAUGUGUCUUGCCUAAAGGACCCAUAAGUGAUACACAGUGUUACUUGAAUAGUUGAAUUAUUAGUUUUUUAAGGUUAGAACCUUUAAUUCAAUAUGUACAUUACCAAGCUAUUUCAUUUGCAUUCAAGGGGGUAAGUGGUAUUGCUUUUGUUGCAAACGUUAGCGUGCAAUAAACUUCCUAGUAGCGUUCUGCCAAAUCCAUGCCCGAUCUCGCCUUGCCCGUACACGCGCGCCAUCUACCGAUUCAUAUGAUUUAUGAAAAUGUCAUCAUGGAAAGUGGUGGGAAUGAGCACUAGUAAACUAAUAUCGUUUAAUCAAGGAACCUCCUUGGUUUAAUAAAUGGACAAAUAUGACAGAUUUUGCUUUGAUCAAUGCCUAAAAAUCAUUCAUACAAACUCGAUCAGACGUUUCCUGUUGAAUGUUGAAUGUUGGAUGUAAGGCCUGACAUUAAUGGUUUUAUGCAACCUCGGCCAAUGUCUUGCAGUACGUAAGUUGAUCGCAUGAUGUCGCUGUGUAUACAUGUACGGCCAUACAUGGUUUCGGCCCU